AGACAACAAUUGUAUUGGUUACGGGAGGAUUAAACUUUAAAGUAAAAUAGAGGGUACGCAAAGUGUUUGAUGAAAUACCUGAGAUAGUCUAUAAAAGCUAGUUAAAUUUCAACGUAAAGAUUAGCAAAAUGGGAAGUGAAGAAGGCAACUUGAAAUCCGAAUGGAAGGAGAAAGUUUUUCAAAUAUUUAAAGAAUUUAUGACGAGGCUCGCAAAGCUUGAGGAAUUGGGUGCUGCAGGAAGCAAAUUACUUACUGGGUAUCAGCAAGGACUUGAAUUUCUUCGACAGCCUCCUAUUGACAAAACAUCUAAGCUGAUUGAGAAUAUUGUUAAAGCUAAUGAAACCCAGAGAGUUAAAUCAUAUUUUGAAGCUGGCUGUAUCAACGUUCAUGACAGUCUACAAAAUAUGAGCAAGUUGCGUACUAGCCUGCUUGGACUUAAUGACCAUAUUAUUACAGCCAAAGGCAUACUUAAUGAACUUGAAGGUCUACUGGAAGAUGUAGCUGGCGCAAUUCAAACUGCAAAUGAAUGUUUAGCUCCUUUAUGGGAUGAAGAUUCAGGCAGUGGAUUGGAUCUGCAAGACACUACAGACAAGGAGAUAAGUACAUCAUCUCAUCUUCAAGGACCUGAAAUGACGGACUUGGCUGCUUUGAUGGGAAUCAUUUACACUAUGGUGAAGCAGGAUUAUGUGAUGCAGGAAAGAAUUGUUACUUCUCUUAAUCUCAAGUCAUUGUCAGUGGAGUUAGAGAGCUACUCCCUGAUGUGGUCGUUGCGCCCUUUUAUAAAUGAUGAAAUUGUGCAUCAAGCUUGGAGACUUAUUCCUUGACAAUUACAUAUGGUUUUGUACAGUGUCGAAUAUACUGAGUGGGUUUAUUGAGUGGAAAUCUUGUUUAGGAAAAGGUUAUCACUGUUAAUUGAAUGCAUCUAUCAGUGGAGGCAUUUCUUUAUCCUUAUUUUGACCUCUUUUAAGUAUUAUAUGGGUUGGCAUUUUUUAAAAUGCUAUAUUUGUAUUUGCAAUAAGAUACCAUCUGUUCUAUCAUGGAUUUAUUGUCAAGUAGAUAAAUCAUCAUGAUUUAUUCAUCCCACUCAAAACUGGGGAACCUUGGCUUUUAAUAUUUUCUAUGAAGAUCUUUGCAAAGAUUUUAUGUGGAAGGCACAAGGCUGGAGAGCAUGCCUCCAAAAAAGAAUUGAUGCUGGUAUCUGUCAGAAGGCAAUUCCUAGCUCUUUGUAAAUAUUUGUUAUCAGUGCUUUGGUAGAGGAUCUUAUCU